AUGGGGGAUGACGUCGGCAGUAAUGGACGGGGCACCUGCAGUGCUCCAAUAGAGUCCUACACUGGCACCUGCAGUGUUCCAGCAGAGUCCUACACUGGAACCUGCAGUGCUCCAGCAGAGUCCUACACUUGCACCUGCAGUGCUCCAGCAGAGUCCUACACUUGCACCUGCAGUGCUCCAGCAGAGUCCUACACUGGCACCUGCAGUGCUCCAGCAGAGUCCUACACUUGCACCUGCAGUGCUCCGGCAGAGUCCUACACUGGCACCUGCAGUGCUCCAGCAGAGUCCUACACUUGCACCUGCAGUGCUCCAGCAGAGUCCUACACUGGCACCUGCAGUGCUCCGGCAGAGUCCUACACUGGCACCUGCAGUGCUCCGGCAGAGUCCUACACUUGCACUUGCAGUGCUCCAGCAGAGUCCUACACUUGCACCUGCAGUGCUCCGGCAGAGUCCUACACUUGCACCUGCAGUGCUCCGGCAGAGUCCUACACUUGCACCUGCAGUGCUCCGGCAGAGUCCUACACUUGCACCUGCAGUGCUCCAGCAGAGUCCUACACUAGCACCUGCAGUGCUCCGGCAGAGUCCUACACUUGCACCUGCAGUGCUCCCGCAGAGUCCUACACUGGGACUUGCAGUGCUCUAGCAGAGUCUUUCACUGGUAACUGUAGUGUUCCGGCAGAGUCUUACAGGAAGUGA